UUCCAUGAAACACAUCUAUUAAAUUACGUCCUCUGUGCUUCCCCUUAACGCCCCUUAUCUGUUGCUAUAGACAUGCCCAACUCAGUGCAUAAACUAAGCUGGAACCUUAUGCCAGAGGUCCGUGACGGGUUGGACGUCUGAAACGUCUCCCCGCUGCAUCACCAGCCUCUUAGGGGAAAGUUGUUAAAAAUCUCCUCCGUGUCGGAGGUCUCCUGCUUCGGCCACUCCUCGUCUCACUACCUCCAUAAUAGUCCCGACCAGAUUCCAGGCGCAUGAGAGGGGGUGUGUGCGCAUGUGUGGCAUCUGAAAAUGAGCCUAAGCUCGAGUGAAAUUAAUAUAAAGUUUCAUUUCUUUUAUUUUUCUUAAUGACAAGACUGGUGUUUUUUUUUACUGUCCGUAGAGCUGGGUUCAGACUCAUUCCCAGAUGAGUUGGUUUAUUGAACAAUUCAUUACAAGUAAGCUAACAUGUUAUCGAAACAAGAAACUCAUACAGGUGGAAGCAAUAACAGAUUUAUUUCAUAUGAUGCAAGAAACAUUAAGGGUGAGAAGUUGAAAUAAUUUAACUCUCAAAACACAAAUCUAAGCAAAUGGAAGCAUCCGACGUCCCUGGAAGAAACAAGAUCAGAGGCAGUAAAACAAAGAGAGUUUAUUGUCCCAACCAGAAGAAAUUCAGUUUAUCCGAAGAGCAAGACGUUAAUUUGAAACAAGCCCCGAUUGUCUUUUUCCUGAACCUCCCCCAUGCAGGACGGACACGGCGCGCACAGCGACUGUGCGUGGGGAUCUGUGAGCUGCUCUCCCCGGGGGCGAUUCGGACUUCACUCCCACAGAGGCUCCUAGCACAAUCAGCCCGUAAAAGCCACUUUACAGAUUGUUCUUUCCCUUUGUCACCAUAAGCAGAGCCAGACGAUGUCCAUGUGCGAGAUAUACAGGGAAACGAUGAGAAUGUGGGUCAAAUGACCCCGAACUGAGCUGCAGUGGGAGUUAACUGAGCUAAAGAGACUUGGCCUCACAGAUAGCUGUUCAAAUGCGCGCGCACACACACACUCUCUCUCUUCUCUGUAAUCUAGAUUUGCGUGUAAAAAUCGUGCAUCUUAAAACGUUGUAGCGCUGUGCGUGGUUUUCUAGUAAUUAAGCGCUCCAGCCUGUGCGCAUAAUGCGGAGAGGAUGUUCAGUGAUUCACCAACCUGUGCAGAUGUGGCUCGUAUUUCGAGGUAACGUCAAGGUGAGGUUGGGACUAUUCAAUUCAUGCUGGAAAGCCUGUAAAUAAACGUAAACAGGCUUAAUCCUGCGGAGAUGAGCAUGCCCAGUCUUGAGGCUGACCCUGCGAGGUACGGGGCCACAGGGGACUCACGUGUUUUGUACAGAAAACAAUGUUGAAGCAAGAAAGUGUUGGAGAAAAUGUGACGCUAUAGGACAAUAACCGAUCGACUGAGCAUAAUGCACAAUUGCUUUUUUUUUCUUUCCCUUGGAAUAAUUAACCUAUAAUACCAAUAGGUUAUUUGUAGAGCCCACAGGGUGGUGACUUCAGCUGAAUGUCCCUCUUUUUUCUUUUUGUGAAGCCUGUCGGGUGUGUGGAUGGAUAAGGUGAGUGUGUGUGCGCUUGUUUCAGGUUACGAGUUAGGACGUGUGCAUGCGUGAGUGUGUAUGAGUCUGAGUCGGUGCAUGCAAAAUAAUGUACGUGCAUGCGUUUUAUGCCAUAAAGCUUACGCGCGCAAAGACAAUGUGUGUGGAAAUCGGUCUCCCCAAAGCUGCGUGUGUUACGUUCAGUAAUACCGCUCUGCUUUUUGUGUUCUCUUUGAAAAUCUGCUCUACAGAAACAGCUUAAUAUUGAUGCAUCAAGUCAUGAACAAAAUGUAAUUUACUGCGUAAAAUUUCCAAUAAUUGUGCCAAUGUAUAUAUAGCAUACAAUGGCCACGUCAGAAUUUAAGGAACGUCAUCUAUAAAAUUAAAAACGUGCGGGAAAAGCAACACUGACAGCACUUUUGUUCUGCACAGCUCACUGUUUGUGCCAAAGGAGGGAAUAACAAAACAACACGAGAAUGUGUUCUCCUUUAACUGCCCUUCAUAUUACACACUAACCUUAUUAUAAGAGGCACUUGUUAUUUACUGUUGCACAAUAAGCCGUGCGCAAUUAGAAAUGUUGCGGCCAUAUCGACACAGUUUGAACUAAAUAGUCAAACAACCUAAACCCCAACCAACAUUCUUAAUGCAUAGGUGGGUCCGCCUGUGUUUUCUUAGAGAAGAAGAUCUCAAGACUGAACCACGGAAAUCACAGGAUCGUUUGAAGCUAAACCAAAACAGCUUGCAAAGUAAGAAAAACCAAAUGCUUAGUUUAAGGUGCGCUGCGUCGACACACAUACCAAACUAAGAGAGAAUCAUUUUAACAACAUGCAAUCGAUAACACAUAUUCCACCUUACAGUUAACCUUAAAGGGAAUAGAACCAUAUGUUCCGAUUUUUACCGAAUUCCGGGGUUAUUGCUGCUUAUUUCUAUAAUAAGGAAUAUUCUGUUGUUUUUACAGCUACUGAAGUGUCCGCUCCUUCUACAACAGCAUUAUUUGCUCAGACGGUAGACUGUGGGCACAAUUGUAAACUACUGUAAUGGCAGGGUGUGGGAUGGGGGUGGGGACGGAAUAUCCAUUUUUAUUGCAUCACCUGUCAUCGCCGUCCAAUGGGCGUCCACUCCGCCAGCAUUAAUUGAUGAAGGUGUCUCCAGACUGGCCCACCUCCCUUUCCAUGUUGUGUUUUUUUUAUUAUUUUUUUUAUUUGUGGCUUAGCCAGGAGCCAGAAAAGCAGCUGCUUUUUUAGCUCAUAUUCUGCUUCUCCCCUGUCUCCGAUUCACUCUUUCCUCCCUCCCUCCUCCCCACCCUCGCAACACCUCCCUCUUUCCCUCUCCUCCUCUUGCUAUUUUAUCCCUCUGGCUGAGGCAGUGGUGCACACCUACCCCUCGUCCUGCUGCCGACCAGAGGGGGAGUGGAGCCGGGCGGAGGCAGGUAACAGCGGCGGGCCCCGGCUUGGUGAACGCAUCCCUGCGCAUUCCUUCACCAUGCCGGACGCGGGUGGAUGCUGUCGGCUUGCUAUUAGACAGGGGCAGCACCAUUUAAAACUCCGCAUGUCAAAGUUUGCAUUUUCAUGACGCAGCGGCAGCAGAGUGGAUGGAUUAAAGGUAUGCAGGAUGCCUUGAGCCCACGACCCUGUGUCAUUUGCUGCCAAAUCCACAGAAUCCAAUAAGAGACUACAUGGAUUAAAGCAUCAAACAUGGGAGACCUGGAGUGUGGGUUUGAGGAAAUGAAAGGAGUGCGACUGGGAUACCUGCUCAUCAAAGGGAAGCAAAUGUUUGCUUUGUCUCAGGUCUUCACCGACCUGCUGAAGAACAUCCCUCGGACCACGGUGCACAAGCGCAUGGACCACCUGAAGGUGAAGAAGCACCAGUGCGACCUGGAGGAGCUCCGGAAGCUCAAGGCAAUAAACUCCAUCGCUUUUCACGCCGCUAAAUGCACCCUCAUAUCGCGGGAGGACGUGGAGGCUCUGUACAUCUCCUGCAAGACGGAGCGGGUGUUGAAGUCCGCCAAGAAGAGGAAAGCGAAAGCGGCGUGCCCCCGCGCGGACGACGACGAGGAGGAGCACGCGCCCUCGGGUGUCCUGCGCGCGGACGCGGAGCUGAUGUGGAAGGAAAAAGUUUGGUUCAGUUUGCACGGCACCCCGCAGAAUCUCGCGGUGCAGAGCAGAACGGGAAGAAGAGAGCUGAGUCCUUCUUCUUGCCUUACCGACGCCAAACUACCUCAAUUUUACCACAAAGCCCACGGACGGGAUUACCGUUGGACGGCUAAAUCCAGCCACAAACACUUUAAAAACUAUGAAACUGAUAAAUUUGCAGGGAAUGGAUUCGCUGUGAGCCAAAGGCACGCGUUUUUCCGGCAGCCGGUGUUGUUUCAGUCCGCCGCCGCAGCAGCAGCAGCAGCAGCAGCAGCAGCAGCAGCUCAGUCCAGGCUCUCGCACUCAGCCGGCGACCCGCUCCACAAAAGGAAGAGGAGGCGCGAGGGGGGCGGCAGGAGCAAACACGCGCAUCUGCACGCGCCGUCGGGGCUGCUGGUCCAGCCCAAAUCCUCUGGAGCCUCUUUCGGCGCUUUCCACCUCACUCCGGAUUUCUAUCUGGACCCGCGACCUCACCACCAUCAUCACCACCACCACCACCAUCAUCAUCAUCACCACCACAACAGCAACAACGAGUCCGGCUUCCCGGAGAGCUACAGCAGCGACACCGAGUCCUGCAGCACAUACUCGGACGCACAGUGCCGGGACUCGGACUUCGGCUCUGGGUUUUCCAGCAGCAGCAGCAGCUCCGAGGAGGAAGAGGAUGAAGACGAUACUCAGUCGGAAAGUUCGGAGGUCAGUUCAGAUGAAGAUGAGGAGAGUUCAUCUCAGUCCGACUCCAGCUCCGUUUCAAGUCGCGCAUCUGUCCAAAGCAUCCGGUUCAGACGUGCGCGGGUGGGUCUCCACACCAGUAAAGCACCUUUGGUCCUGCAGCCCACCUUUCACUACAACAACCAGCAGCACAGGACGCAGAGCCAUGCCGACAUCAGGCAGGACAAACAUCAAAAAUGUGACUUUGGUGGAACAAGGACGGACUGUUUACAGUUAAACCCGGCUGCUGAGGGGAACAUUUUCACUGAGCCCGCAAGAGAAAAACCGUGUGAAGCUGAUCCAAACAGGACAGAGGAGGAGCUGGUUCCUUAUUCUCCAGGGCACGACCUGAGCAAGGCCUCUCACCCAGCCUCAUUCAGGUCCCGGGGAUUCAGCGCACAGAGUGACCCUAGUAAGCUUCAGAAAUGCGUCGACAAGCGGGAGAAGCUGAAACUGAACACCCCGCCGAAAAAAAUAAAGACCGAGUCCGAGGAGUCCCCUGCAACCGCGUCCCCCCGCUCCGACAGCGGCAGGACGGCUUUCAGUCUCAGCAAUGUGAAAGUUAAAGUGGAGGAAAGCUGCGAUGAAUAUGAAUACCUGCAGAGCCAGGCCGCUGUGGUCAAAUGUAAUGGAGAUAAGGCAGAUCUCAGCGGAGCCAUCAAACAUGGAGGCCUUUCCAGCAGCGGGAUUAAAGUCGCGGAGAAAAGCCCCGACGUGGCCCCCAGGUCCCCUUGUGGUCCUGAGGAAUGCAAGAGAAGCCAGGACGCCCCGGGCUCGGAGGAGGGGGAGCAGAGAAACAAACCCUGCAGGGCUUCAGGGCGAGAGCCGAAGAAACCCCGAAUUUCCAGGACGCACACAAAACAAAAUGUGCCUAGAGUCAACAAGGCUCCCUCUUCCUCCUCCUCAUCUUCUUCGUCCUCUUCAACCACAGAGGAUUUACGGAGCGGACGCAAGCGCAGCACCGCCAGCAGCGCAGCAGCAGCGGCUUCUCUCGCAAAAACGCGUUUUAGCCUUAUGGCAAAUUUCCCAUCCCCACCGUCGCUCAUCGUUGACAGCAACGGGGAUUUGUGCCCUGCUUAUUCCCUGAGCUCACUGAGAGGCCCCGGGCCUCCUCCUCCAUCCCACCCCGUGUGGAGGUGGCAGCCAGGCGGCCAGAUUCUCCCUCCCCCACUGCACACUCAGAGACCAAGGAAAUACUGAGCUGAGACAAAAAAAAAAAAAAAUCCCCAACCAUCUCCAACUAACGCUUAUAGCCAGUGUCUUAAGGUGAUCGCUCACCCUUUUGCCUUUGAUUAUUUUCAUUUUCAAACUUUUUCUUCUCAUCUGGGAUUUACAUUCCGUUUUUAUUCCCCCCGAGGAAAAGCCACAAGAUCCCACUUGAAGCCUCCACAGGACUGUGAGACACAUCUCGUGGAUUAAUGCCUGAAAACGUCCUUUCAAAAUAAGCUAUUAAAUCUAAGCAAUAUGUUUUGCUCACAAUCUUUUUGUUCGCUUAACCUUCUUAUUUGGUUUCCUGGUUUGGUCGACCUGUUGGAUUGUCUGCAGGGUUUCAUUGGGUUUGCUCUUUGUCGAAAAGAGGAACAGUGAUUUUAAAAUGAAGAAUAAAAGUCUGGCAUUCCUUUGGAUGAGGCAACCUUUGAUCUGGCAGGGACUGUUUGACUUUGUAAAUAAAAAAGAGACAAAAUAUCAGGGUUCUCAAUUGUGUUCCACGUGGUAUAUUUUCUAAUAAAUGAGCGCUAUUUUUUUUUUAAGAUGGCCCAUAGAAUACUGUGAGAAAACUUGAUUCAUAUUUUUUGUUUAGUUUUUUUUUUUUAUUUGCUUCAAAACAAAUGUAUCCUUGAGGACAUUAUUUUGGGGUGCUUGAGAUUUUCAGUUGAGAUAUUUCUCAAAGUUUGCAAACGUGUGACAGCAUAAACAAAGGACCCAAGACGCAGCACAAGCCUUAUGUAAUCAGACAAUCAGAAAUAAGAACACUGCUCAUUGAUGGACUCCAACCCCACCCACAAGAUUUAAGUCACCGCGAGUCCAUCUGGCAGACACAACACCUUUGGGUCAGGCUGGGUGCUUACAGUGUAUUUCAUGUAGUAAAUGAAGGAGGUGGGGGGCUACACAAGGAUGUCCAAAGUGGGGUUAACAGUGGGAGACCUUGUAACCAUUCUGGCUAGAAACAGUGUUGCACUUUUAGAUUGUUUUGCGUCGUGUUUCAGCUUUGGGGUUAAAAAAAAAAAAAAUCCCCAAAAUCAUAUUUGUUUAUAUGGGGAAAAUGGAUUUGAACGUGAGUAUGUCUAGGGACCAAAUUUGCUAAAUUACGGCUGGAUUUGUAUCGCUGGGUGUUCUAACAGAUUUACCAAAAUGUGAUUCUUUUCUAUAUCCCUUCUUUAUCAUUAUAAAAAGAAAAGAUGCAGCCACGGAUUUGAUACAACCCCCCCCACCCUCACCCGAUCCACACACACACACACACACACACACACACACACAAAACACCCCAUCAACACAGUUCUAGGUUGUGUCAAAUGUUUCCUUUCUUUAUUUGCAAAAUGCAUCCUGAAUGUAACCUUUCUGAACAUGGCCGCUCUGACAUGCUUCAUGCAGCCCACAGAGCUUUGCUGCCCCUGUUCAGUAUGUGUACAUGCCUUAAAAUGAAGUUUGCACCGGCAUGUAGGGGUUUAUUAUUUUUAUUUUUUGUAAGUGUUUGUGUCCACUUUGUUCAUGGCAGUUGCGCUCUGCUAAUUGGCAUGCUUUCCUGUCCCGCCACAAAAGAGAGGCCCCAGCAGCUUAUACGGCGAGGCAGAUCACAACAAACCCCAAAGCCCGUGGAUGAUGUCAGCCUUCCUCACAAGCACAGCAGAAAGAAGGCAGAGGCAUUCACUUGGAGGGAUUGUAGAGUGACUGUAAAAAAAUAUAAAAACAAAGAGGAAGGAGAAAGAAAGACAAGUGCAAAAAAAAUGCGUUUAGAAUAACGCGUGGAUACAUAUUGUAGACGUCAGUCACGAACCCAGCCCCCCCCACCCCAACCACACACACACACACACACACAACUCUCCAUGGGCCUUCUAUCCGAGGUUGGAGCUACUACAACUAAAACUUGAACUUUGGAUGUUCUCAGUCAUGUCUUUGACUCUGUGUCGCAGGCUCGUCCUAUAUCACACUGGCAUGGCUGUAGCAGUAAAACGGAGGGAGGGCUUGUUGUGUUGCAACCUUGUAACCUUUAAGCAUAUAGGCUGCACGGUACAGGAACAAGAAUCCAUCUGCAAUGCAGGCGGCAGCCUUUUCCCACGCAGCUCUCACCCGCAACCCACUGCGGAUGGACAAAGGUGGUGGUAAAACGGCUCUUUUUUUAAUGGGCAGGGGAGUUAUCUGAUAGUGACCCUAUCAACGUAGACAAGUGCAUAAGUGUGUGUCUGAGCAGCUACAUCCAUGCCCUCCUCACCCAUUCAGCUGGUUUGACAUAUUACAAUACUUGAGGUCAGAUGAUUUUUUUUUUUGUUGACAUGAAAUUUUGUCACUGGCUGUUUAUAUAUAUGUUUAUAUAAACUGAAUAUUUAUUUUCGUGAUUUUUUGGGGGGAUUUUUCUUGUGUAUUGAUUCUUUGUUGUGGAUACAGAACAACUGCACUCGAACUGGAAACUUGAACUGUGGUUUUCUGACGCACUUUCCCUUUCUAUUCUUGUUUGUUUGUUAAUUAUGGAGCCUUCAUUAAACAGACAGAGUGUGACCGUCA